AUGCGGAUGUGCCAGGAGCUCUCAUGCAGAUGCGCCAGCUCUCGUGCAGGGAGCUCGACGUCUCAGACAGCUGCCGUGCUCCGGCGAGAGGUGCUGGGCCAGCCGUGGCACACCCUGCCCCUGGCCGUGCCCAGCUUCCUGUACACCAUCCAGAACAACCUGGUGUUUGUGGCGCUCACCUACCUGGACGCUCCGACAUUCCAGGUGUCGUACCAGCUCAAGAUCCUGGUGACAGCCCUGAUGUCGUCGGUGAUGCUGAAGCGGCGCGUGCGACCGCUGCAGUGGCUGGCGUUGCUGACGCUGGUGGUCGGUGUUUGUCUUGUGCAGCUGGACCGAGCGGAUGGCGCAGCGGCUUCGCCCCGCGGCCCCAACAACUACCCGCUUGGUCUGCUGGCAGUGCUGACGCUCUGUUUGUCAAGUGGAUACGCCGGCGUCUACUUUGAGCGUCUGCUGAAGCAGGGCGGUCAGCAGCCGCUUUCCGUCCGCAACGUGCAGCUGGCCGUGUUCUCGGUGCCAUUCAGCGCGGCGGCGGUGGUGCUGAACGAUGGCGCCGCCAUCGCCAGGCUCGGCUUCUUCUGCGGCUAUACGCGGUACACUUGGACGGUGGUGGUGUUGCAGGCGCUGGGCGGCCUGGCCGUCUCCGCCACCGUCAAGUACGCCGACAACAUCCUCAAGGGCUUCGCCACCUCGAUCUCGAUCGUGCUGUCCGCGCUGUUCUCGUGGGCGUACCUGGGGGAUGUGCGCCUGAGCGCGCUGUUCGGGGUGGGAGCGCUGCUGGUGGUGGCCGCCACCUUCCUGUACGGCUACAGCCCGCCGCCGCCGCGCUCCAAGGUAGAGUAGCGCCGCAGCCAACGCCUGCGCCCGGCGCCGGAGGCUGCCGUCACCAGCGCCGCAGC